CUUCAGUAUGACACUAACUGCAGGAAGGUGCAGUCCGUUAAUUUUUCUUCGGCAUAUUUUGUAUCUUUCGCUUCAAAUCUGAUAGUAUCUUGGAGAUAGUGAACAGUAUACUACGUUCUUUUUAACCUAGUGUGAUAAACUAGUCGGUACGAGUGAAGCGGAUGGAUUGAUAUAGUGAUAUUCCAAUAUUCUCGGAUCUCAGUCUCGAUUAAUAUCAGACAUCUCCUCAAGGCCAUGUUGGAUUCGCCUGCAAACCGCUCCAUCACGCAGGUCCGUCAGUGUGAGCAAUCAGUUCACCUGGGUGUUCCGCCACUGUAAAACCAGACUGGCGAAGUGUAUCAAUUUCUACAGAGUUGUGUCGCCCGUCAUGCAUCAGUCACACAACGUCUCAUGAUGGCCCGAGCUCCUUCCUACUACGAGCAGUACGAUCACACCCAGCCGUCGUCUCUGGGCAGUUACAACAAUUUCCCGGGAUCCUUCGUGACCACCCAGUCGUCCUUUCCUAUCUCGGCGUCCAACAGCAUCAAUUCCUCGUCGUGUUCCGCUGGCUAUUCGCAGGCCUACUCUUACGUAGCCUCCUCCUCCAUCCAGGCUGAGGAUCAGAACGGCUACCCUUGCCAGUAUGAAUUCUCAUCCUUGGUCCAGCGGGAUUGCUCGCAGGCCGACACGGGGUCCUGCGGGUCCUUCUUCAGCGACGACACGCCGAUGGGCCACAACGGCGCAGACAGGCAUCUGACGAAGGAGGAAUCACAGCUGUCUGGGCUGCUGUCCUCAAACGAGCUCGAUGCCCACCUUAGUGAUCUUCCCUUAGAGUCGCUGCUGCAUUUAACUCAGCCGGAAGAAAGGCUGAUCAAGGAAAAUGUAGUUGAGAAAGAAUGUAUCCCUCCAGACUGCAAUGAACAACUUUUCAAAGAAGACGAAGAUAUCUCCAAUCGAUUGUCGCUCCACAGGUCACAUUCUCCGUCUGGUCCCUCGCUGUAUUCUUCUUUAUCCACGUCGCCUGCCUCCUGCUCCCCCCAGUCCAGUCCCUUUUCUCCUCAGUCAACCUCAUGUUCAUCACAAGCUACCUCUUUUUCACCUCAGGCAGCCCCAUACCUGCCGCAGACACCGACUACCUCCACAAACUCGCCCACCCAGCCAAGUCAUCAGAGCAUGGAUAAUCCUUUAGGAAAUCAGCCAAUAUUGCACUUUAACAAUGAAGACGAAAGCGAUAUGAAUUCCUUUUUCGCUAAAGUUUUGGAUGACUCCCCAACUAUGACGCUUAGAACCAAGAAGAUGGCCAAGCCUGAUCCCGUUAAACCAAGCUUGACCGUCACAAAAAGGCAACUCAAGACCCAGAAGACGCCGAGAAAGAAAACGAGCAAUAGUGUAAAUCCGUCAGAGUUUGCUGGAGGCCUCUGCCACAACGACGUGAGAAAAGUCGCCAAAACGGGGUACCUGGACACGGGCAUGGACUCGAGUAGCAGCGAGACCAUGAACACACUGGACGGGAAAGAAGUGGCGAAUUCACCCGGAGGGAACGUGUUCGUGCCCCCCAUCCAGAAACCUGUUGAGGCCAAAAAACCACCACCGCCAAGAAAACGCAUGAAGUCGUCAGCUUUGUCUCCUGAAGAAAAGAUAUGUGGUGUCUGUGGGGACGUGGCCAAAAACAUGCACUUCGGCGGGAUGGCCUGUGACUCGUGCAAGGCCUUCUUCAGGAGGUCGGUUCAGAGUGCGACUUGGGAGAACUUUAGGUGCGAGCAGGAAGACAGGUGUGUGAUCUCCAAAUCCAACAGAAGAUGCUGCCAGUCGUGCAGAUUUCGAAAGUGCCAGAGCAUUGGCAUGCAGAUAGAGUGGGUCAUGACGGAGUCGGAUCGCAUGACCUUGCUCAAGAACCGGCUGGCGAAGACCCGGCAGGUGCAAGUGGAGAAGGAGAAGGAGGAACUGUACGGUGACCUGCCACGGAACCUCGACCCGGACAACGCCAUGGAAAUCAACAAACUCCUGGACACGAUGCACACUGCCUUCGCCUCCAUGCCAUACCCCCCAGAGUGCAACGGCGACAACAUCGACACGCUGUCCAACAUAUUUGUGUUUCUGUGUAAGCGAUUUGGGAAGUUCUACUUUAAAGUCGAUGAUUUUAACAAUAUUUGCAUUGAGGACAGGACAUAUCUGUUGAAAAAUGGUAUAGCAAUGUCGCUGUAUAUCAAUGGUGCUCAUAUGUACGAUCCGGUGAAUGAGAGUUGGCCAGCUGAGUGCAUCCAUGAGACUGUAAAAGUCCCACGCGUAACUUUAAAUACACUGAGGGAGUUGGCGAGUAUUCCUGAGGCUUUUGCUACGGUCAUGAAGUUUUAUUAUAGAUAUGAGAGUGACCUUAAAGAUGAAGUUGUUUCACUAAUGAUGUACCUGAUAUCUUUCUUUUUACCGGACGACCCUAAUUUGCUAGAUUGCGAGAACGUUCGAAAAAUUCAGAACAAGUACAUUGAACUCUUGAAACGCUACCUGAUUGCUCGGGAUGGUUGGCAUAGCGUGUCUGGUGUUUUCCUGAAACUGAUGGACGGUAUAAAUUACAUCAAAGACAUUCUUAAGUUCCACGCUAUAGUUGACAUAAAACCGACCGUCAACCACGAUGAAGUUACCGAUACCAGUGUCUCAUUCGCGCAGCCCAUGAAGAAUCUGAUCACGCAGAUACAGGAGGCUUUCAAGGGGAACUUUUCCCAGUACGCGUCCGUUUUCGGAGCGCGUGAAAAGAGAGAGCUCACAGGCCCCGAAGACAACCAAGACAACCAGGUCGUGAAGCGCUCUCCGGCCAAUUCGGUGUUCGGUCCCUCGCUGCGAACGGACAUGAUCAUCACCAGUCCCUUCCAGAGCACGAUGGAGUGGGACAUGAGCAAGCAAGAAUCACUUCAGCUGUGUCUCGAGGCGCCGUCAGUGUACAUUUCCAACAACUUGCACAGCCAAAACGAUCCCGCAGAAAACCAGCAGGAAAGAAAUAUCAGUAGCAGUGGUGAAGGCCAUGACAGAAAUGCUUUCCGUACUCCAUCCGAGAACCUGUCCCUUAUAAGACGACGAGAAAAUAGAAGAAACGAUAUGACAGAAGACGUGACAGUUGAGACCGUAUGUGAUAUUCUGAAACAGUUGUCUCACACAGAAGACAAGAAGGUCCUGAGGAUCUUGAAGAAAAAUAUUCCAGUCGAGUUGUUGCAGAAGUUUUCACAGAGCCUCAAAGAUAAUUAAAUUCUUGUUAAAUCUGUAGAUGAAUUUAAACAUGUCAUCAGUAACGUGAUCUGUAGAUUGCUGAUGGUUGUGAAUUUCCCAAAGCAUGUGAUCACAUCAUUAUUGCUCAAUGAUAAUUUAAGCUGCCUUCUGCUGCCACAUUUUCACGCAGCGUAAGUGAUAUCUCGUCACUGGGCAUAUGGAAAUGUGUUAGAGUACAUACAACACACUCAGUUCUAUCCUCAGUCUGUAACAAAAUGUCCUCAAUAAACCAACUUAUUUAUGCGAAGAUAUAUAUAUAUAUCUUUAUUCACUAAAUGCCCACUUACUGAAGACAUUUAAAAGUACAGUUCCCAAACUUCCAGUCAACCUAGGCGUUGACGGGUGUUACACUUGGAUAGAGGAGUAAUUUUUACGUUAGGAGGUCAACUAAAGGAAACCAGAAAAAGGCAGUUUGCUGUGUUGCCAAAAAAUGUUGCAAUUGGUUAAUGGAUGUUCCCUGAGCACCAACUGAAGAGAGAGAGAUAUAUGUAUAUAUUUUGUAUGAAUAGUAUUAGAAAAUGAAGUUAUAUUGCAUCUAUUUCUUGUACGUUAGUACAAUGUUCAUUCACAAUAGAGAUAUGUGUUUAUAUAGUAAAAAUAUUUGACGUGUAUUGUUGUAUUGUGAGGCUGUGUAGAAGGGACAUUCAGUGUGCUGUCUGUGAAACUUUCCAUCAGUAUAUGAUUUAUGUACGAAAAAAAUAUGGCAUAAGAUUAUGAAAGAGGGACACAGAUGACAAAAAAAAAGCGCUGUGAUCAUACGUUGACUUUUUUUUUUCUUAGAGAUAGGUGGUGGUAGGUUGGUGGCACAACAUUCUACAGAGUUUGCUUGUGGGGAAAGUAAAAGAAAAAGUCACGAGCGGGAGGUAUAGGUACAUUUGAGCAAUGCUUUUGGAGCGACUGAAGUUGCUUGAAUGUAAACAGAAUACACGAUACAUUAAGAGAUGAUUUUUUUAUUGAGAUUGCAUCACAACAUGGCAGAAUCUGUUGACAGUUUAUAGGGUUUUAAUACUACGUCCUGCUUAUAUGGAAUUACGUACCUGUAUUAAAUUAUAUUGUGGCAGUUAUAUGCUGUCCAUAUUGUUAAUUAUUCCUUCAUGUAUUAUCAAAUUUAUUAUUAUUGUUAUUGUUCAUAUCAGUAGUUUUGUAUUUUUAUUAUUAUUACUAUCAUCAUAACAUCAUCAUCAUUAUUAUCGUUUUAUCAUCAUUAUCAUUGUAAAAUAUAAACAGGGUAACAUUAGCCAGAAAUACAAGCUAGUAUUGAAAAAUUUGGUUUCGUAAAAUAUGAGCAGGAAUUUCCUCAACAGAAUCCUCAAUUUGUGAAUGUUGAAUGUUUAAUCACUGAAAAUGUUUUCCUCUUUGUCUCGUGACGUAGAAAUUAGAACCCUUUAUUUUCCUGAAAGGUGAGUAGGCAGAAGAGAAAGUGAAAUCCACCUCCUUGUCUCAGUGAGAAAAAUUGAGAGCGAGAGCGAGAGCGAGAGCGAGAGCGAGAGCGAGAGCGAGAGCGAGAGCGAGAGAGAGAGAGAGAGAGAGAGAGAGAGAGAGAGAGAGAGAGAGAGAGAGAGAGAGAGAGAGAGAGAGAGAGAGAGAGAGAGAGAGAGAGAGAGAGAGAGAGAGAGAGAGAGAGAGGGAGACGGAGGUGGGAAGAGAAGAGUCGAGAACUGAGGAUAUUAUAGUAAAUGAAAGUCAAUGAAGAAAUGUCCUACACGCUAAAAAGUGGGUAUGAGAGAAAGGGAACGGAUGUUACUGCUAAGAAGUGGAAGGAGGAGGAGUUAAAAGGAGAAUGGGAGUGAGUGUGUUCAUGGUAGGGAUAACUGGCAGAUAUCCACUGUGUUGAUCAACUUCGGGCAUUGAGCCUUCAUCCGGUCUAUUAUGUCUUUGAAGGACUUCCCAAAUGAGAGUUGUACUUUAUGUUACACUACCAAUAUACUAAAUAUUGUGCAAACGGUGUGCAUUGUAUCAUUGUUACUGGGUACUGUGAUGUAAAUGUAGCAUUUAAAUACAAAUGAUUAGAAGAUA